AUGAGUGAAUAUCAUUUGAGUAAGGAAGAUUAUGACGCACUUGAAAAAUUUACAAAAUUUUUCUUGGUCAAAGCGGCUCAAAUUAUUGUUCAAUCACGUUUAGGAGAAAAAAAGACAACAAAAUCAAAACCUAUUUCUUCCGGAAGUGAAUGGGUAAUGCAUCGAUUUCAUUUAUCCAUAAAAGAUAUUCCAGAAGUAACUGUAAAUGCUAAAAAAUGUAUUGGUGAUAAAAAACUACUUAUUGAUAGUCCCUAUGUUCCAUUUUGUGUUGAAAUAUCACUGAGAACACCCGAUCGAGAUACAAUGACGUUGGAAACAUGGUGUAUAUCAUUCGACGACUCUGUAACAGAUCAAACACAACGUGUUCGUUUUUAUAUCUAUAAUCGUAUGAGUAUUGUCUUACGUUCGUUGUUAUGUGCUACACGUUCAACACCCACAUAUCAAUUAUCAAGAAAACAAAGUCCCGAUAAAUAUAUUAUUUGUUAUCGUAUGUAUAGUGGUGAACCAUUAGUUAAUCAUCUAGGUGAACACUAUUCAAAAAAAACAAUUGGUUCUAUUUUAACACCUAUUGGACGUUUUGUUGUCAAUGUUGCAUACCGCACACGUUUAACCGUCUCACCACAACAUGAACAACAACAAAAUUAUAAUCUAGCAUUAGAUAUCAAAGACGAUCAUUUUACGUCCGGCUAUCGACAAACAAAUUUUACAACAGGAGACGAUGAUAGUAGUGGUGGUGGAUACAAUGAUGCACAGUUGCCAUCAGAACAAAAUGGAAGUGUACCAAAAAGUUCACCAAUCGAAGUGAUGAAAAGACGCCACACAAGUUGUGAUUCAGAAGUAUCGUCUAGUCAUGGUACACCUGAGAAGAUGUAUUUCAGUAAGCUUCGUGCAGCAUUUGGACCAACAAUAAGAGAUACACCUCGUACAUCAAUAGAAACACCAUCGUCUUUUUCUCGUCAGAAUAGUAAUAAUCAUAAUAAUUUUAAUAAUAACAACGAUGAUUCUGACCUACCAUUUUUGAUGACGUUGCAACACGACCAACAACAACAAAAUGAUAAACAAAUGGAACAGGAAGAAGAAGAUAUUCGUAGUCAAACUAAUUUUUAUAUGACGGGUGAUAAUAAUGAAACAGCACCGGAUGAUUUUAUCCUAGUAGAAGUGAAACCAUUUUUCGGCAAAAGUGAUUCAACAGACGAUCUAGCAUUAUUUAUACGUUCUUGUCGACAACCACCAAAAUUAGAAUCAUUUAUUGUUGAACCAUCACUCGGUGAAACGAUUAAUCAAUUAAGUGAAGAAUUACUUGUAUUUGAAUCGAAAGUAGAAGAAUUUGAUCAACUCGUGAGUACAUUAGAAAAUAAUAAUAAAAAUUUUGAAUGA